CUCUCUGUGUCCUCUCUCUCUCUCUCUCUUUCUCUUCCCACAGUUUGCUAUGUGCACAAAGCUCUCAGCACAAAGCCCAGAUCAUCAACAAGAACAAUAAUUUAACUGAGAGGUUCUAGUUCCAGUUCAAGUUAUAUUUCUAGUUCGAGAGAGAGAGAGAGAGAGAGAGAGAGUGAGGAAUUCUAGAGAGAGAGAGAGAGAGAGAUGUAUGCUGAGCAUGGGCUCAUGUUUCCUUUGCUCCAGAGCUUCCCUCACUAUCUCCCUCCUCAGCCUGAUGAUGAUCUUAUGUGUCGCUUCCACACUGAGAUCCCGUGUGUUGAUGCCCCUCCUCACAUGGGGAACUUGGUGCAAACAUCCACUAUUUUGGAGUAUGAUCUAGGAGCAGAAGGAGAUUUAUUCAAAGCUCCAGAGCCAAUCAUAGAAGAGCCUGAACUCGCAUUGGAUCCUAUGAGCGCUGCAAUGACCAUUAUAUCCAAUGGCCAAGAUGUCAUGACUGAAACAAUCAAGGUCGCGGACAUGGAAUCCAUCCAAAACGAGCAUCUGAAUGAUGUCUUAUACGAAUGCAAGAAUGAGCUCCUAGCUAAGUAUGCAAUCAACGAGCCAUUUCCUGAGAUACGUGAUGUUAAGAUUACUGUAAAGGAAUCAGAGGAAGUUCCGAGCCUGGAGAAUAUGAGAUUAAGUGCUGAAGGUCAUCUGCAGAAAAGUGUUAGCUCUGGGUGUCUCAAUUCAAUGGAGUGGAUUGGGGGUUGCAGUAUAAGACCUAACUUUUUAGAUUUUCAGGGGAUGGAUUUUGAAGCAGCGUUUGGCUUGAGGAGAGCAUACAGUGAAGGGGACAUUCAGGCUCUCGGAAGCACUAAUGCGAAUCAUGGGAGCACGUGCAGCGUCCGGGCUUCUUUUGAGAGACAACUGACCAUCAGUGAACUGAAGACCGAGGAACGAAAGCAGAAACUUUCCAGAUAUAGAAAGAAGAAGAGCAAAAGGAAUUUCGGAAGAAAAAUCAAGUAUGCAUGCAGGAAAGCCUUGGCAGACAGUCAGCCGAGGGUCCGAGGGAGGUUUGCGAAGACUGAAGAUUGUGAUUUUUCAAAAGCACUCAAGUAAAGUGAGAUAUGUUGGAACGAUAAUAAAAAAAAGAAGAUUUUAGAGGCUAGUAUUAAUCAGUAGUGCCAAGUUAAGUAAAUCUAAUCGUGGCGUCUAAGUUCAUGCUCCUCAAUAUACAGAUCAGAAAAUGGCUCUAUGAUCGUUUCAACAAAUCCUCCGCGGUUGCUAAGAUUUCUUCUUUGUUGUAAUAAGCCUCCUUGUUGUGAUGGUUGUCGUCGUAUAUUUGUAGCUAGGUGGAGCUGAUGGGUGUUGUUGUAAAAAGGUUUGAAUAAAGAUCGAAUAUGGGGGUGUCCCGUAUUGGGUUUUGAGGUAAUAAUGUCCGCUCUCAUUAAAACAACUGUUCUGAUUGAAGU